UUGGGACCGCAUCGACCAGAUGACUUCAUCAUAUCUCAAGAGGGAAAAGAUAAAAUCAUUGAACCGGUUCAAAAGAAAGACAUGGCUAACCGCUAGCACAGCAAAAAAAAAAGCCCUGUUUUGUCUCAUUUUCGGAGGGGAAACCGCCUGGACAACAACUGGAUUUAAAGACUUAAAACAUCUUUUAGAAAGGCUAGUAAAACGCGAGAGCUGUGCAUCGCAUGUGGACAAUGCUAUAAGGCUUUUUGGGAACCACAAAUGUCGCAUCGCAGCUUGACAGUGCGUACAGACGCGACAUUUAACAACACAACCAACCGACUGAGGGACAGAGUGAGAGCAGCAGUUUGAAGAAGUCUAAGAUCCUGAAGUCCCGGCAGCUCCAGGGAUCCUGCUCGGUAAAGCGACCCUGACCUUUGACCUCUACGGAGAAGAGAACAUAUGCAAACUUUUUCUUGAGAUGAUGUUCAGAUCGCCGCUCGACUUAUUCUCAGCCUCCCGGAUCCUCCUGCCUCAUUUUGCGGAUGGGGCCCCUGCUCUGUCCCGCUCCAGGUCCCCGGAGGACCCUCCCUCCGCCUGUCCUCCCCUGGCUCUCCCGGGGUUGUGUUUUUCCGCGGCGCAGAUCGCCAGCGUCUGCGAGACUCUAGAGGAGACCGGAGACAUCGAGCGGCUGGCCCGGUUCCUCUGGUCUCUCCCGGUGACCGCAGACGGCCGAGACUCCAUCUCUGAGCACGAGUCCGUGCAGCGCGCUCGCGCCGUGGUGGCAUAUCAUACAGGGAGUUUCCGCGAGCUUUAUCACAUCCUGGAGACACACCGCUUUACGCGCGCCUCGCACGGUAAACUGCAGGCGAUGUGGCUGGAAGCUCACUACCGGGAGGCAGAGAAGCUCCGGGGGCGACCGCUCGGACCUGUUGAUAAGUACCGCGUGAGGAAGAAGUUCCCGUUACCGAGGACGAUCUGGGACGGUGAGCAGAAGACGCACUGCUUCAAAGAGCGCACGCGGGGGCUGCUAAGAGAGUGGUACCUGCAGGACCCGUAUCCAAACCCCGGGAAGAAGCGGGAGCUGGCGCAUGCGACCGGGCUUACGCCGACUCAAGUUGGGAACUGGUUCAAAAACCGGAGACAGAGAGACCGUGCGGCAGCAGCCAAAAACAGGUUGCAGCACCACCGAAUGUGUCCAGACGGUGGGCGUUCACUUAGUGGAGGAGAGUGCAGUCCAGAUGAAAGCGGGGAGCGCGCAGAUGGAGAAACUCUUCUCUCAGUUACAGACAGUGACUCAGACUUGGAUGUUUGAGACUUAAGAUCAUGAAAUGGACCUUUAGGGGCCUGUGAUGGUCCACAGUGGACUACCGGAAGAGAAAGAUGCUU